AUGCCGGCCGACUAUCUAACCACGGCGCGGGCCCUCUCCCUCUCACCAAACCCCGGUUCCCCAUCCCUCGAACAGCGCCCAUCAUGGACCCGUACCCGAAGGACCUCCCUCCGCCUCUCGACGAUGCCCACCCGCGCCCCCAAAUCCGGCCGUACUCGUAUCACCACUGCACUCGUCCAAAUCGGCCAGGCCCUCGCCCAAACUGGCCAGACCCUCUUCCGCGCCUACAUGUUCCUCUCCCCCUUAUACCGAAUACUUGUCUUCCUGGGCCUCGUAUGCCUAACGGCACUUACGAUUACCUUCUUGAUCUACUCCCAUGCCAUCUUCACAUGGCUCAGCCCCGUCGCCGAAGCGUGGAGGCAAGCCCCCGGUGGUUGGCUCAUCAUGUGGUUCAUAGUCUUCGUCUCCGCCUUCCCGCCUAUGAUAGGCUACAGCACGGCGAAUACCGUUGCGGGCUUCAUAUUCGGAUUCCCACUCGGCUGGCCGAUCGUUGCGACGGCGUGUACAGUGGGGUCGCUGGCGGCUUUCAUGGCGAGCAGGACCAUCCUGAGUACAUAUGUGCAUAACCUCGUGGGGAAGGAUCAUAGGUUCUUGGCGCUGGGCCAGGUGUUGAAGAGGGAUGGGCUGGGCAUGCUGACCAUGAUUCGGUUUUGCCCGUUGCCUUUCAGCCUGUCGAAUGGGUUUCUGGCUACAAUUCCUUCCAUUACGCCCCUGUCGUUUACUCUAUCUACUGCCUUUGCCAGUCCCAAACUCCUCAUCCACGUCUUCAUCGGAAGCCGCAUGGCCCUCCUAAUCGAAGAAGGCAGCAAAAUGUCCGCCGGCACAAAAGCAGUAAACUACAUUGGCAUGUUCCUCGGCGGCGCCGUCGGCGUCACCGUCGGCUGGCUCAUCUACCGCCGCACCAUGACCCGCGCCGCCGAGAUCGCCCUCGAAGCCGCCCCCGAGGAAGGCCGCGCCGGCUCUUCUUCCUCCCCGCUUGCUUCCCCGCGCAUCUCUAACGCCGGCUUGGGGUUCUUGGACGUCAUCGGCGAGGACGACUUUUCACGCGCGAGGCUUUUGGACCCCGGCGAUGCCGCUGCCGUGUUGGCGGAUGAUGAUGAUAUUUCUUUGUGGGAUACGACGGAUCAGGUGGGCGGGUAUGUUGAUGAAGAUGAGAGCGAUAAAGGGAAAGUGAAUGGGACUCGGGCGUAG